AUGGCGGGCUCCCUAUGGAGAGGACUUACUGUCCUCUAUUUCUUGCUGUGCACAACUCUACCAACGUUCGCUACCGUCUUGGUUAAGGGUGUCCAGGAAGGAGUUAACCAAAGCACUGGUCAAAGACCCGCUCGGCAAAAUCUUGCAUCAUGGGAAUUUUCCGGACCAGCUUUCGAUCUUUAUGUUCAAGCUCUCCGGGAUUUCCAAAACACUGAUCAGAAGGAUAUUCGCAGUCACUACUCUAUAGCAAGUGUUCAUGGCUUGCCAUAUGGGCCAUGGGACGGGGGUAUGCAAUCCUCUCGUCAACAGGGAUACUGCUUGCAUGAUUCAACACUGUUCCCUCUCUGGCACAGGCCUUAUUUGGCUCUUCACGAGGUUAGAAGACAACAAUCAAAUAACGAAAUGAUCUGGACUCACGCACAGAAAAUCGCAGCCUCCUAUCCCCAGAAUGUACGUGCCCAAUAUGUUACCGCCGCAAAGACACUACGAAUUCCAUACUGGGACUGGGCGAGCAAUCCGGAAGUCCCUCGCUCCAUGACAACCUCCAAAAUCAACAUCAACACACCCUCGGGUAUGCAGGAAAUCGACAACCCAUUGUAUCAGUACAAAUUCGACCCGUCUGUCCAAAAAGGUUUCCCAGCUGCUGAUUCGUUUACAUCCUGGUCGCAUUCUACUCGAUACCCGGACGGUAAUGGAGAAUCCCAGAAUGACCGAGCGACUAGAGCGAUGAGAUCCAACGGUGCAUCCCUUCGGUCCAGCAUUUACCAGCUUCUUAGUGGCGAGUCUGAUUAUAGCACUUUCUCAACUCAAGCAUUGCCAGACCGUGACGGUUACAAUAACGUUGAGACCGUGCAUGGAUAUGUUCACAGCUUGGUUGGUGGUCAGGGACACAUGACUUAUGUCCCAUGGUCUGCUUACGAUCCAAUUUUCUGGCUUCAUCAUGCGAACGUUGAUCGCCUCAUCGCUCUUUGGCAAGCCAUCUAUCCCGAUUCAUAUGUUCAGCCAAUUCCAAACCGCGGUGGAUCGUAUAUCACUCAACCAGGAACUAUCGAAGAUGGAAACUCGCCUUUGUACCCAUUCCACGCCAAUGAAAACACGUACUAUACCGCAAACACAGCACGGUACACUAGAACCUUUGGGUACACUUAUCCCGAGGUUGAAGACUGGGGCGUCAGCAAGGCCGAUCUAGAAAAGAAUGUUCGACGACACGUUAAUGAACUGUACAACAAUCCUACAAGCCAGCCCAAGAAGCGGACAACGGUUCACCGUCGCGCUCUCAGAUCCGAUGGAUACACCCACGCAAACAACAAAAGCCAAUCGAACGGUAUCUCAGGUACCCGCCUUGAGACCCUACUAGACAAUACCUUCGAUAUUGUUGAGGCUAUCGGUGACUCUAUUAGUCAAAGCUUGGAAAUGUUCGAUGAAUGGGGUGUCAACAACAUGAAAAAGCAGUGGGUUGUUAAAAUUAAGGUCAACAAGGCUGCCGUGGGUAAACCUUUUAGCAUUCACUUCUUUAUGGGAGAUGCGCCAAAGGACGCGAGCACUUGGUGUUAUGCAUCCAACUUGAUCGGAUCUUAUGGUGCAUUCGUUCAAGGAAUGGGCAUGUCCGAACCCAGCAUGGUUAGUGGAGAAAUUCCACUUUCGUCCGCCCUAGCUGCACUAUUGUCCACCAGCACUAUUUUGGGCUUGGAUGAUGAUAUUGUUGUCCCUGUACUCAGCAAGUUCCUCACAUGGAAAAUUCAAGAUCAAGAGGGCAAUGUCAUUCCAACUGAGGACAUUGUCGAUUCCAAUGGGGGUAAAGGAUUGGAGAUUCGUGCUGCCAGGCGUGAUGUCAAGCCCUUGAGUAAGGGUGACCUAGACAACUUCCCCGAAUACGGAGAGUGGGUGAUGUAUGAUGAUAUUACCCGGGGAAAGGUUGGCGGUUAUUAA